AUGCAUAGGUUUUUGUUGCCGGAGCCACUGGGAGAUUGGGAGCGCGCAUCGUGCGUCGUGUCGGCUGCAAGGUCCACGGGCAACGACGCCCGCUCCAUUGACGGCGAGGGAACCGUCAGACUGGUCCAGGCUGCGGCCGAGGCAGGAGUCGGCAAAUUCACCCUGGUGUCUUCGGCAGGUGUAGGCUCCGGAGGCUUCCUUGCAGGCAAUGCUCUGACAUUCAAGAAACUGGCAGAGGAUGCCCUGCAGCGCUCAGGGCUCGACUACACGAUCAUCCGUCCAGGUAACUUGGAGGAUGCUGGGGACGACUACAAGCUGGAGAACAACGUGAGAAUUUCUGACUCCCGCAGUGCCCUCGGGAAGAAGGUCUCCCGCCUGCAGGUGGCAGAGGUGGUGGCAGCCAGCAUCGACAUCUCUGCCUCCAGUAAUAAGGUACUCGAGGUGGAUGCCGCACGGGAUGCCCCCAAGGAGGACAUCCGGUCGCUGCUGGCAGCUCUGGAUGAGGGCCGCGUGGCAGCCAAGGUACGGUCAUUUGUCAAGGAAGAUCAGGCCGCAGAGAAGGAGGCCGCGGCUUCGAAGGCUGCUGAGCUGGCGGAGCGCCAGAAGGAGAGUGCUGCUGCUGCGUUGGCAGAUGCACGCAAGAAGGCCGAGCAGGAGGCGGCAGAGGAGCGAGAGCGAGAGCGAGCCAGGGCUGCCCAGGCUGAGGCAGACGCGAAGGAGGAGAGGAAGGCGGAGGCUGCUGCUGCCGCGCAGCAACAGGAGAGGGAGGCAAAGACAGCCGAAGCCAGCAGGGCUACCUCGACAAAUGGCGCUGCAGCGGCGGCCAAGGAGCCAGCCCGGCAGAAGACGUCUGAGUCGGGGGCGGCCUCCACUCAGGGUGGUGGCAGCAAGGAGGAGAUCAAGAAGGUGCAGGACAUGAUCAAGAAGUGGAAGCAGCGGGCGGGACGCGCCUGA